AUGGCCUCAGCCGGGGGCUUGACCCGCCGAAGAGGUGGCGGUCGAGUCGCUGGCCCCGAAGACGCCGACGACAGUAGAGUUUCGUCGCCCGUGUCGAGAAACGGCUCUUCUCUCGAUAACCGUAUCCCCGAGACCUCGUUCACCAACUCCGAAAAUGGCCACAAGAUCGCCUUCGACCCCCGCGACAUCAGUGAGACGGAGGAGCGGAGCAAGCAGCCCAAGCUGACGCUCAUGGAGGAGGUGCUGCUGCUGGGAUUGAAGGAUAAGCAGGGUUAUCUGUCUUUCUGGAACGAGAACAUUUCCUACGCCCUGCGAGGGUGCAUUGUCAUUGAGCUGGCGCUGCGUGGUCGGAUCGCCAUGCAGAAGGAUUCGUCUCGACGCCGUUUCCCCUUGGCCGAUCGGGUGAUUGAGGUGGUCGACGAUACGCUGACCGGGGAGGUCUUGCUGGACGAGGCGCUGAAGAUCAUGAAGUCGAGCGAGAAGAUGAGCGUCAACUCCUGGAUCGACCUGCUGAGUGGUGAAACAUGGAACUUGAUGAAGAUUGGCUACCAGCUGAAGCAAGUGCGCGAACGUCUCGCCAAGGGCCUGGUUGACAAGGGAAUCCUCCGGACCGAAAAGCGCAACUUCCUCCUCUUCGACAUGGCCACGCAUCCCGUGGCCGACGGAGGCGCCAAGGACGACAUCCACCGCCGUGUCCGCAACAUCUGCAGCAGUCGCACCGUGAUCCUCCCGGCCAACACCUGGCUCCCCGAAGACGUCGAGUUCCGCUACCUGCGGACCAUCACCAUGGUGUGCGCGGCCUAUGCGGCCAAUGUGCUGGAAAAUGCGCUCGUCACGAUGAGCCACGAGGCUCGCGAGCGGGCCUUUGCGCAGGUGGAUGAGUUACUGGCCGAGUAUUCGCAGUGGCCGUUCGGCCGGAAACCGGGCGGUUCGCAGGCCAUUGGUGCCAACCUGGCGCAGGCCGUGAACGACGAGGUGAACAAGGGCAAGGACAGGGAGCUUCAGUUGGAGAUCGUGGCAGCAUGUUUGAGCGUUUUCACUAGACUCGACUCCCUUCUGUAGGGCUUUAUUCUACCGUCAUCUGCUAUAGUCCCCAACCUAGUUCGUCUUCUCCACCAUCUUCCCUUCUUAUGCUAUUGGUUUCCGAAACAUACAAAACAACUUGCGCGGGGAGCCCCUUGGCUUUUUGUUUUGAAGUAGUCACCGGCACACCGGUUGGAACUGGCAGAGCGGCGUUAUAUGAAUCAACCGUGGAGAACGGUCACUUGCAUUGUUGUACGAGAUGUUCGAUCUGAUCUAUUGAUCUGCUUUGUUGUCUGCCUGCGUGUUUCGUCUUUCUUCUCCAUCGACUCGCCCCUGCCUUGCAUCCCUCCUCAGUGGCCGGGCAUGCCAUGUGUAUUGCAUA